CAAGCAUCUUCAUAUUGGUACAUUUACUUACUAACUGUUUACAGUACAGUACAGACAGUGACACACCAACCCAACAACAAUAAUUAUGAACAAAUAUUAAUAUCAGAAAUGGAAAUGAAGUCUAAUGAGGAAAAAGUGAUAGAAUAUGAAACAUUCUUAAACGAUCGCUUAAAAAAUGACCUGAGGUACGCUAAUGAUGCUUAUGACACUUAUGUCGUCAUGUCAUGUCAUAACAGUACAGUAGAUACUUUGAUAACAAAAUUAAAACUUAAAAAAAAAAUAAACCAAUGACAUAGUUGAAUAGAGCUAAUUUUUAAAAGAAUUAUAACACCAAAAUCAUAUUUUUAGCUGUUGUAGUUUUAAAGUUAUGAAUUUUUAAAGUACGACUUUAUUUGUCCUUUUUUAACAUGGACCGCAUCUCCACAUUCUGUGACCCAAUUCCGCUGUUCGCGUCACGAGCUAUAUAACUCUUGUUUUAAUGAUAAUUUUAUUUUCAGAACUAAUGCUGUAUUAAAAAAAUAAGUUUAAUAAUGUUAACAAUUAUAGAUAAAUUUUAGCUUAUCUAACUAUGCAUUAUUUCUAUCAGUAAAUUUAAUAUAAUGUAUUAAUAUAUGGCUUUUCUGUUUACCAAAUCUACGACGUUCAUUAUACCAAUAUUUGCUAUAUAGUCUAUAUAAGGCAACUCAUGCCCUAAUUACGAAAAUACUGUUUGGGAACUAUUGAACUUUCAACUUUGUUACAUGACUAAUUAAUUAAAGCUUUCCCUGACCUAGUUGAAUAGUUUUUGCACACGGCAAACUUUUAUGAAUGAAAUCUCUGAGAUAGUAGUAAAUAAUAGCCCUUAUGCAAGUCACUGUGAAUGGCUGCCAUGACAUUUUGCACACGGCGAAUUUUGAUCAUGUAUAAUAUGGACUCUACCGGGUUUUUUAACCUCAAAUUAAAAUAUUAUUCUUUCAAUAACAUUUAAAUUCAUUCUAAAACAUAAGUUAUCAAAUAUUUUGAUGUAAAUAGUGGAAAUAAUUAAAUAUUUCCUAAGUAACGGCGUCUUCCGCCACUGAAAGGGGGCGUGGCCACUUCCUUAUCGAAAUUGGGCUGAGCUACAUUACCAUAUAGGGGUUCACUCAAGUGAGCAUAACAAGUGAUCGACAUGUCCUAACUCAAUGAGAAUUGACACAAAUACACAUCGAUAGAUAAUACAGAAUAAGACUUUUUUUUAAAGACAUAAAAGUUGAACUUCUAUACGAAUUUUAUAGUGAAAGAUGCCUUAUAUUUACAGGGGAAUCUCAAAAUACAGGUCGAUUGAAAAUUUUAAAAAAAUCGAUGUAAAUGUAGGCCAACAUGUCUACCUAAUUAUAAGGCCGGAAACGGAACUCAAAUAUAUAUCGAAAGCACUCAUUUAAUAAUAAAUAGACACACACAUCGGAAAAUUAAAAACUCGGAUUUUUCGGCGCCGAUUGCCAUUUCCGAUACACAAAAAGUAGUAGCCUCCCUUGGUUUACCGAAGUAUCUACAGUACAGUACAGAGAUUGCUGUGUAAUCUUGAACAAGCUUUCGUUUUAGUCUUAGCUUAGACUUUAGAUUAAUUAGACACGAACAAUGUGUGUCUAUAUAACAAUGUAAUUUAAACUUAAAUAAUAAUUUUACAGAAUACAAAAGUAUACUUAAGUCUUAGACUUAGAUAAUUAGACUUUAUAAUAAAAACCACCAUAAAGUAUGAGCGAAACUCAUUUCUGACAGUAGGUACUUUGACACACAUUUUAAAUAUUGUCCAAUAGCCACAAAUGAUACACCAUUUUAAAGGGCUCGCUAUAAGUAGAUACUUCGAUGAAACAAGGGAGACUACUAUUUUUUUUGUAUCGGAAAUGGGCGUCGGCGCCGAAAAAUCCGAGUUUUUAAUUUUCCGAUGUGUGUGUCUAUUUAUUAUUAAAUUAGUUCUUUCCAGUAUAUAAACUCAAGGCUUUCCGGCCUUAUAAUUUGGAAGACAUCUUGGCCUACAUUUCUAGCCAGCUAUUUUGCUUUUUUCAAUCGACCUUUAUUUUGAAAAUCUUUGGUAUAUAUAAGGCAUCUUCGCAUACAAAAUUUUUUGUGAAAUAAUAAGAUAAGGUCCUUUUUGAUUAAAUCUGUAUGAGCAUUAGAUAUUGAUCUAUAUAUGUGCCAUGUUUCAUUGAUGUAGGUUGUGUCCCACGUUCGUUACGCUUCUCCCAGUGACCCAUAUCACCAUAAGGUGGCUCAGCCUAAUUUUGACAUGGCGUAGGCCACGCCCCCUUUUUAAUGGCGGAAGUUGCCGAUACUUAGGAAAUAUUUAAUUAUUACCACUAUAUACAUCAAAAUAUUUUAUAUUUUGUGUUUCAGAAUGCAUUUUGAAGACAUUUAAACUGGAAAUGUUUUAAUUUGAGCUUUAAAAACCCUGCAGAGUCCAUAUUAUAAAUGAUCAGAAUUUUCCCUGUGCAACACGUUGUCAUUGGCAACCAUUCACAGCCACUUGCAUAACGGCUACGUCGUAGUACUAUCUCAGAGUUUCAUUCAUAAGAGUUUGCCGUGUGCAAAAGCUAUUAAACCAUUGGUCAGGGAAAGCUUUUAUUAAUUAUUCAUGUGCCAAAGUUGAAAGUUUAAAAUAAGUCGACCCUAAACAGUAUUUUAGCGAUAGGGAAUGCGUUGCCUUAUAUAAACUAUAUAGGCAUUGCGCAUGACGCGAUCAGUGGAAUGAGGUCACAGAAUGUGGAGAUGCAGUCCAUGUUAAAAAAUGACAAACCAAGUCGUACUUUAAAAAUUCAUAACUUUAAAACUACAACAGCUAAAAAUAUGAUUUUGGUGUUAUAAUUCUGUUUAAAAUUAGCUCUAUUCAUCUAAUUACAAGCAUACCCUUAUCGGAGUAUGUCAUUAAAUAUUAAAAGGUAAUGGGGAUCUUCUGCCUGCCAUUUUCCGGGUAGAAUGCCCUACAGUGACUUCUUUGUCUUGUUGAUGAAACCCACACAUUUUUCCUUCAUAAACUUUGUCGCCGCCAUCUGCAUCCAAACGUUCCGCCUUAUUGGAUAUGGACCAUGGAAGGAAUUCCAAAGUUUGCAACAGAAAUGUAAAAUUUUCUCUUGCACCCAAAAGAAGCCUAACAUUAAAUACUAAUCAUUAUUCUGAAUCUAUACAAUUUUUUUGUUUCUUUUUAAUAUUAUUCAAGUGAUGUUUUUAUGAAAUUUAUUUCCUUUUUUUUUGUUUUGUUUAUUUAAUUACAAAUAUAUUAUUGUUGAUAUAAAUGUUAACAUUUUCUUAUGCCUCUGUCCUAGUUUGAUAUAAUUACUAUGAUGAUGUAGAGUCUUAUUUAUUUAUUUAUUUUAAUAAACUUGAUAUAGACUAAUACAUAGGUUAUCUAAUUUUAAUUUUAAACAAGUCACAGUGACGCAAUUUUCACAAAAAAUAUAUCAUAUGUACGAAAAAAAAAUAAUUUUAUAAUGCAUUACCAUAUUUUAUUGGAAUUACAAUUGAUAAUAGUAUAUUUUUAAUAGUGGUAGCAACUGCUUUUAUUUUGUUAUUAUCAUUAAUUAUAAUUUAUAAAUACCACUAAUAACUAGCAUUAUAUAUAAAUGAAAAUAUCUUUAAGUUAAAUUGGUAAUAACAACCAUUUCCGACAACCCACUUUUUUUUGUGAGGGGGGAUGACUCGGGUGACUACUAACAAUUUUAUUUUCUUACACCUUCCAGUUGGAUCGGCAUAACUUUUGUGCGUUUGGGCUAAUUUUAAUGAAGUAAAGUUAUUAAACUGUGUGAAUGAAUGAAGCAGUAUUGAGCUAAACCACUAUGUGUUUGAGUUUUACAUUAAAAAGUAAUAAGCAAUUAACGUGCAUACCGAUGAAAAAUUAAAUGCGUUACCGGUCACAAGAUUCUAAAUGCUGCAAAUAUGGUAUUCACAUGUUUGGAAAAAUAUGUGCUCUACGUCACCGAUAAUUUAAAUACUAUUAUUAGGAAACAGUGACGUACAACGCAAAAAAACGACACCCUCGCUAUGCCGUAUAGCUAUAUUGCAGCUCAAGUUUUUCCGUGAUUUUUCGACUGCGCAGAAGGGAUGCGCGUGCGUCUUUUAAAAUACCUAUGAUACAAAUUUCCUUGCUCCAGUCUUUUGUAAAGUCUUACACAGCAAAAAGGCACAUCAAUGAAGUGUCUUUAUCUAGGAUUAGGAUGAACAACAUAGAAAUAGAGCAUUAUAUUUCUGGUAUUGUAAUGUUUCGUUGCUGCAUCCAUGAACUGGCAUUUUUGCAACGGUUGGGGAUAUGAUGUUGCUAUUCUAACAGCCCCUAGCUGAUGCCAGGGCAGCCUUGAAGCUUUCAAUCGAUGUCGAGUUCACAGUGGCAUCGUUCAGGUGGUUCCAUGCUAUUAUUGUGCGUGGGAUGAAAGAUUGUUGAUACUGCACUGUGUUGCACUGAGGCACUUUGAAGCAUUUGCUAUUGUUUCUGGUGUAAUUGUUUAUGGGAAUGUUAGUGGUGAAAGUGAAGUCAGUGUUCAGUGAGCGUUUUGCUCUGAUCAGUCUACCUGGCUUCUGUGGGGUUAGGUACGUGCCUGAAGGGAUGGCCGGCACCAGUCCCAUGAUCACUUUAUAUAAGAAUAUCAGGCGGCAUCCCUCUCAUCUGUCUUUAAGGGGUGGGAUGUCAAAUCUUUUUAAGAGGCCAGUGACGAAGCCAGGAGUGGUGGAUUUGUAGUCUCGAGCGAUAAAACGCACUGCCUUACAUUGAAUUCGCUACAUCAUGUCCAUGUCUUGUUUAAAAUGAAGUGGCGAUUCAGACCCAGCUACCAGAAGUGAGAAGAUCGGAUUAAAAAAAUGUUUAAAAUAUUAAAUGGAUCUGGACAUGCAUCGCCGCUAUUCGGACCCGUGUUCCUUUAGACUAAAUGCUAUUCGGAUGUCAUUUGUGGUAGUUUAUUUUAGUUAAACUGAAGAAUUAAGUUUAUAAAAAUAUAGUCCAUUCAAUUAUCUUUCAUAUUUGAUACCAAAAUUUUGCAUUACAAACCUUACAAUAAUAUUUUUUAAUCUUUUAAUAAACCCAACCUCUCGCUUCUGAUACCGGGUCGGAAUAGCAGCAGCCUUUUUAAAAAGUCACAGAUUCUUUAAAAACAACAUUAUUGAUACUUUUAGAAAUUGAAAAUUAAACACUUAGUUAAGUCAAAGUUGGAUUAGACUGCUUUAGAGUCUAAGAAAGAUUUAGAUUUUGAUUCAUGUUUUUCUUUCUUUCUUCACCAGGAAAAUAUUGGACCUGAGAGACAAAAUUUAUGAGGAUAUAUCAGAAUAUAUGCAACUCAAGACAACCAUACAAAAACUACAAGUAAAUGAUGCUAUGCUAUUUUGGCCCUUUUUAACCACCCCCCCCCCACCCCGGGUCAUUAAAAAGUUCACUCCCUGUAACUUCAAAUAUAUUAUCACAAACAUCAACCCGUUUAAUGGAUAGGCAUAUCAGUUUUAUCAAUUUACUGCUCCAGUGUCAGAAAAAUGUUCCCUAGAACAUUUCCUAAAACUGUCUUCCCUGUAUGUUAUAUUUCAUUCCUUUCAACUUUGCAUAACCCUUAAUCCAGACCCUUGUCUUCUACUUUUUUUACAUAAUUUAUCAUGACUGUAAAUUUCGCUGUAACUUCGACUCUCAUUCUUCAUGUCAUUCUGUAACUUAAUAUUGAUUUUAACAGAUGGACCAUGCAAACCUGUGUUAGUGUGUACCAGUACUCCAUGGUACUGAUUUGCUCAGUAAUAAUGGUAAUCGGAGUGUGAAAAUGAAAACAUAAAAUUUAAAAAUCCAACAUUCCCAAAUGUAAAGAAUUAAAAUUUUAUAAAUAAAUGGUGCAUAAGAAUGGUAAAAAUGACUUUUAUUCAUUAGCAGUUGUUUAAAUUAAAUUCAGCAUUCUGCAUGGCAUCACUUUGCCUGAUCUCCCCCAACUCAUACAUUGCCUUAAUCUCCCUCAACUCAUCACAUAUGUGACAAACAGAUGCGUGAUGUCAUAUAUGAAUAGCCCAUAUGUACUGUCAUGUAAUACUGUCAAUCAUAAAAACUUUCAUGAAACUUUUGUUUUACUUCACAGGAAGAUUUAAAACCUCAGGCAGAAUUGAAAACAAAAAUUGAUCUAGGAUGUAACUUCUACGUACAAGCAAAUGUGUAAGCUCAGUAAUCCAGCAGUUGCCACUUGUUUAAUUGAAACUCAUUUUUUUAAAUUUCAAGCAUUAAAAAAAACUGCAUAUAAAUGUGUGCCAGUACCGGUAUGUGAUUGUGAUACAUAUAUAUAAUCAUACAGACAGACAGACAGAGAGAGAGAGAGAGAGAGAGUGUGUGAGUGAUAACUAGGGAUAGGUAGAGUGAGAGGCAGUGGGUGUGUAUCAUGGUAUUUGUUACUUAUAAAACUUAUAUUUUCCAAACAGGACAAACCCUUCCAUGAUCUUUGUCUCCAUAGGGUUUGGAUUUUUCCUUGAAAUGACAUUGACUGAAGCAGUAUCAUUUAUUGAAAAGAAGACAGAGAGGCUGCAGUCUCAAGCCAUAGAGCUUACACAUGAUGCAUCUAAAGUCAAAGGACACAUUAAGUUGGUUAUAGAGGUUAGUGCUAAGCCCAUUUAGUAUUUAGGUGAAAAUUUACAAUAAAAUCACAACAUAACCCCUGGGUCUGACUAUACUUAGUAACUUAAAUUUUUGUCACCAUUUUAGUAAUUUUGCUCUUGAAAAGAUGUGGUUAACCUCUUCCUUCUUAAUGUUCUGCAAAGCGCCCUCCUUUUUUCCGGCCUAAUACCUCAAUGUCUAUCAUCCUUGUUUUGGGUGCCUAGAAUUAGCAAAUCAGGAUGUUAAUAUUUUUGACGAACUAUUGGUUUUACUCAGCCAAAUAAAAGUAAAAGUGCUUGCUGGGGAAUUUCUGUGUUUAACUGGGGAAUGCUUUAUUUCUUUUUAAUUGUGCAUUUGUUUGUGUCAUUUCUAAUAAAUAUGAAAUUUCACCUUUUAACUCCAUCUUUAAUUUGGUGACUAUUUGUUUUUGCAUUCAUUUUUUGUUUUAAAAAUUUCCAGCAUUUUAUGUUGAAGUUAGAAAGAAAAAGACUUUAUUGCCAUUUAUAUGUAUUGAUUUUGCACUCCAGGAUUUAAAAAUUAAUUAAUUUUUUUUUUUUCAGGGACUCAGAGAGUUGCAAAAUUUACCAAAAGAAGAAGAAACGACUUAUAGAGAUGUAUUAUCUUGAUAUUUGUUGUAUAAUAAAUGAUGCUUUGUUAAAAAUUGUUGAUAAAAAUAAAUUGUUGAGGAAUAUAAAUAUAAUAAAUUUUACUGAAAUGAUCAGAAAAUUGUUUUUUGAUUACACAUAAGUGAUCUCAAUGAAAGGAAUGUACCCUAAUUUACGUUACUUUAAAUAAGUACUUUAAGACGUCAGUGAAUCAAAUUUUUGUUUUAAAUGUAAAUGUUUUACCAAAGUUGAAUGUUUCUAUUUAUUUGAAUUUUAAGUAACGUCAAAAUCUUCGUUUUUAAUUUACCAGAGAUUUUCAUAUUCAUGGCAAAUAUAUAAUAUCUAUAAAACUAUUUGUUUAUGGAUUAGCAAACAGAUAUUUGCAGUGAUUUGCAUUUACCAAGUUUUAUACAUAUAUAUUUAGAAAUGAGAAAAUAAGACUGGCUAUCAAUCUGCAAAAAUUAUUUUAUUCUGAGCAUUAGAUAAGUCACCCAGGACCACAUGAGUAAUAAAAUAGACUAUACCCAAGUUUAAAGUGAUUCUUAAUAUCACACAUUAUUUGCUCUCUUUAGUAUAAUUCCAAUCAAAAUUUUGUACAGGUUCUGAAAAUUUUUUUUAGGGCUGUUAAAUUAUUCCAUAAAACCAAUUAAUAUGCUAC